UAAACCCUCAAAACAGCACAAAUUAUUUCAUGGAUUCUGCACUGUGUCUCCAAUAUGGUGCUCUAUGUGUGCCUUCCCCCAUGCGAGUGACUAGGGUGCCCAAUCUCCUUCCCAAUUUCAACAACCCUUCUCCUCUUUCACUUUCUUCCUUGUGUUCCACACACCGUGCCGUGUCAGGGCAUGCCUUCAGCCCUGUGAUUUCUGCUCUUAACAAGCCCUCAACACCUUCAACAAAUGACAAAGAUGAUAAAAAGUUAAUUGUGAGAGGCAUAGGCGGUGCCUCUGUGGUUUUGGCCUGUGUCCUUGGCAUCAUGAAUUGCAACUACAAGUUCACCCCAAGAGCCAUUGCAGGUGUUAGGGACCCGUAUCAGACAAGUCGUUCUUCUAUAAAGCAAGACAUAUUGUAUCCGAAAAGCGCCAAGGACGUGUUACAAUCCUUGUUGAUGGUGAAUGAGAACGUUGCCUCAUCUAAAACCUCGAUUCUCCCAAAUUUUAAAAAUCUCAAGUCGCCUCCGGAGCCUUCCAUAAAAGAUUGUGAAGAUCUUACGAUUCAAGCAGCAGGCCUGAUCAAAAGUGGAAAGGGUGAUAGGGCAGAAAGACAACUUGAAGAUAUAUACAAUAACAUGGUGAAGGGAGGAAAAACGGAGUCUGCAUACAAUGUGCAGAUGGCACUGGUAGCAAUUCUCAUUUUCCAGGGGAAGUACCAAGAAGCUUUGAAAUGGAUUUGUCUCAACAAGGACCACGCUGUCGCAUCGGAUGGUCGGGUUCAUCUAUAUAAGGCAAUUAUAUAUACUAUGUUGGAAGAAAAUAAAGAAGCCAAGGAAUACUGGGAAACAUUCAUCGGCUCUCUUGACAAUGAGGGUUUGCCAAAUCCAAUGUCGUCGCCUUCACAUGGGUCUAAGCAUAAGCAGCACAGCGGUCGGAUCAAGAUAUGAAAGGCGCCACCACCAAUUAGACGGCCUAAUAUUCCUACUUCUUUUUUUUUAAUUGAGAGAUUCUCAAAAUGCAUGAAAUUUGUUUUCUCUAUUGCCUAGACCUCAAUUUAAUUGAUCUCCAUUAUUUCGUUACUCACUCUUUCCCCCCCUAAACAAUAGACUGAAUUGUUCAAAGGAAUUAUCUUUCAUAUGA